UAUAACCAUCCUUGAAAAGAGAGUUUCUCCCCUAGUGAAAAUCCAAAUUGAAAAAAAGAUUCAUUCCCAUCAUUUACGUUGUCCUUCCAUUAUCAAUUUCUUCUUCAUCAUCAUCUUUACUUCCUCCUCCUCCUAUUUAGUUCGUUUCUCUGUUCUCUAAUACUAUUUUUCGAUCUCUUUUUCUUUUUCAUUCUUUUUGUUCCUAAUCUAACUUGAAGGUGGAGAUUAUAGAGUUUCAAGGCAGUUGAUGUCACUGUACCUUAUGGCUCCAACCUUAAGGGGAGUCGUCGCGGUGGAAGGGACAACAGCAGUGGUGGUAGGAAUUACCAAGGUGGAUGCGGUGGCGACGACGGCUAUGGUGGUGGAGGAGUCUAAGGCAGCAUGGGUCCCAGUGGUCGCGGUGGAGUUCGUCGUGGUGGUGGAUAAGGUGGAGGAUGUGAUGACGGUCGUGCAUGCUACAGCCGUGGUAGAAUGGGUCAAGGAUUGCAACCAGGGAGGAGGCGGAUGCAGAGGCAGGUUUGGCGGCGUUUGUGCCGGCGGAAGCUGCUAGCCUGCUACAACUAUAGGCAUUUCUGGGCAUUUUGCAACAGACUUCCCAACAAGCUCUAUGAGAAAAUGAAACAGGUAGCAGCACCAGAUUACUCUCAAGGGACGCGCUCCCACCUAGGGAGGCGUCUAUCUCCUUGGAUGCAGAAAAUCCAGAACCGUAAAAAUUGUUGCCAGAAUUCUAAUUGCCCUUCGCCGAAAGAAUAAUUUAGGAACUAAGAUAAAAGAAGAUCUUUCUGCAGCUACUGUGCAAGUGAAUCUGAUCAGAAUAAAUUGAAAGGAGUUAAGUUGACCUACUGACAGCAAGUAGCAACUAUACGCCUGGUUUAUCCUACACCACCCGCUCUACCUUUUUUACUUUGUGCUUUGGCAUCGUCAGGUAAUGUUCUAUUUGUUGUAUUGCUGUUGGAUUCCUUUAUAAUGUUUGUUGCAUGGCUCUCAUAUAAGGAUAGAUCUCAUACAAGGAUAGAUCUCAAAUGUUAUUAGUGGUUUCAACAUAGGAAAGCUAGGGUGUCAGCAUUUGCUCUAUGUCCUUCUGGAGGUCCUUGCACCAUUUUCUCCAACUGUAACACAAUUUAGCAUCCAUAGCUUUAGAAAUAAUUAACCAAUGACUAAAGCACAACAUAGUUUUAGCUUCAUAGUGAUCACCAAGUCCUGCUGCUGUUGAUCAUUACAAGUCAAAAGGAAUAUAACCAAGUCUCUCCCUAUAUAUAUAUAUAUAUAGAAAUAUAGAAAAUUUUCAUUUGUGCUGUUUUAUUGCUUCCCCAACCUUCAUUUUCGUUUUAUCCAAUCAA